UCUCCGCGGUAUUUUUCAUGUUUUCCUUCGUAAGUUUACCGCAGACGGUAAACCUUUUCUUCAUCUGGGGUGACUUCGAUCUGGUCGUGGAAAAUCUGGCUAUGGACAACGUGUUCUUCUCGAUUACGAUUCUGAAGACUAUUGUUUUUUGGCUUAACGGAAAAACGCUGAAAGGACUGUUAAAUCUCAUGGAGGAGGAUCGCAAAGAAGCUACAAAGGAAGACGAUAUAAAGAGAAUAAUGACGGUAGCUGAUAACUCAAGAAAAAUAACCAUUACGGUCAACAUAAUAAGUCACAGCAUCUUCAUCAUUUACGCCAUAAUGCAUGUGGCAACGAAUUAUCCGACCGUCCGUGGACUCUAUUUCCCAGCCUAUUUUCCAUGGGAAACGAAACCCAGUCCCAAUUACGAGCUGACUUUCUUAGGACAGCUGGUGGCCUGCUACUAUUCUACCGUUAUUUAUUCCUUGGUCGACACGUUCCUCGCGACUCUGGUGUUACACGUUUGCGGACAGCUGGCUAAUCUGAAGCACGAGCUGAUUAAUUUUCAAAGUGAAACGACGGAAGAAUUUCGUGAGAAGCUGGGACGCAUCGUGAAGAAACACGAUUACCUUAACGACUUCACAGAAACGAUCGAAAAUUGCUUCAACAUGAUGUUACUGAUCCAAAUGUUAGGAUGCACCAUUAUACUCUGCUUGGAAAGUUUUGAUACGCUCGAGGUUCUAACAGGUGAAAAAAAUGAAUUCUUUCUAUUGGAACUUGGAUGCAUCGCGUUCUACGUCUCUUACGUCCUACUACAACUUUAUCUCUAUUGCUACAUAGGCCAGAGACUUCUUUCAGAGAGUACAGAAAUGGCGCAUGCCGCCUACGAGUGCAAAUGGUACAACCUGUCAGCGAAGGAAGCAAAAUGUCUCAUACUGAUCAUGCGUCGUGCGAGAUCGCCCUUGCGCAUUACGGCUGGAAAAUUCUGUUCCUUCAAUCACGAACUUUUCACCGAAGUCGUUAGAACAGCAAUGGGUUACUUAUCGGUUCUCUACACAGUAAAGAGCGAGGAUUGA